AUGCUAGCUGAUGUGUUCUACCUCACGAAAAGUGGCAAGAGCCUGCCUUUCAGCUCCCCAGCAACUUCUGUACCGUCCACACCGGUAUCGAGUCCAACCUGGUCCGGCACUAUCAACGAAGAGCUCGCCGUGAACAUUUCAGUUAACAUCCAAAACUCGGGGUCAGCAAGUUCAUCGCUUGGUGCGAUAAAGCUUACCCAUCAGGAUGUGGAGUAUGAGCUCUUAAGCGACUGGGUUGUGUCAAUUCAACGUAACGAUACAAAAUUUGUGGUGCCAACCAUUCCCAACACACAACGUUACUAUGAUGCGAUGGAGGUGUCUCGUGGUCGAAUUGCAAACUCCACGUACCUGGCAGGACUCGUUGAUACUUCAGUUUCGUCCGCUACAGUCCAAACUUUUCUUAACGCUGCCUCAGCUGGAAGUUUGACGUUAAUUGUGCUGAAUCUUGCGCCAGAGCAGGCAUGGGACUAUGUUGACAGUUGGACAACAACUUCGCAGUACGAGUCCGGCUUGUCAACUGCUCAGCUUCGGUUCGCAAAUCUUUCAGCUGGUACUUCGACUUUUAUCAACUUCAACUCGGUGUGGACUGUUCUGGGUGUGCGGCGCGGAAAGCUUUCUGCCCAUUCUGUUCCCUUGAAUAUCACCAACUGGUUCAAGACACAUCACGACAUUAACCAGUUUUUGCCGAGUCAUGGUGUGCAAAUGACACUACUGGCACAAGGUGUACCUGUGACAACCGUGGUUCCGCGUACGUUGGGUAGUACAAUGUGGACUUCUCCCGAAAUUCGACCUUCGACGUUUUUCGAUAACCAAAUUUCUCAGCUUCGUCGGUCCGCUGAAAAUUACACUCCCUUCCACCAUCCUGCACUUGCGGGGUCGGUCUCGUGCGCUACUGGUCUCUGCUCUCGCGCGCUAUUGCAGCCCGACAAUUCUUCCCUUGAGCUUCAAGUUUAUCAAGUUGUUCCGUUGAGCGUGACUCUUCGUCUUUCUGCCAACGACGUCGUUUUAAAAGAGCCGUUUUUGAGCCAGUCGCGAAGCGGGUGGCUUGCCGCUGCCGCCGCGCCUGGGUGCGACUUGGACUUCGAGCCAAGUGUGGUUCAGUACCAAGAAAACGAAGGCACUUUGGAUGUUUCCUUUACAAAUUUGGGUGAAACGGAUGGUGCCGUUGGAAUUACGGUAACUUGCCAGGGGCUGAUGGUUCAAGGCAGCCCUGUCAUGAUGGCUGCGUCGGUCAACAAUCUGACAAGCGUGAGGUUCUCCGUCUCCGUGCCGAGCGCGCUCAAUCAAUCGUAUUCAAACGCUUCGUGUACUGCCACGAUUGCGGUUCAACGUCUUCCACUUUGGAGCGCUCUCGGAAAGUCGGUUUCCUGCGUCUCAUCAAUUCCCAUUUAUGCGGGAUACUUUUUGCCUCCUUGCAAUCUGACGCGUCCGGGGGCAAUUUUAGGCCUUUCAGUUCAAAAUGUUUCACUUGAUGGCGUCGACACAUCUGUUCUAAACACUAAUGGCAAUCGGACUCAGGCUCGUCUGAUGAUUACUUUCGAGAACACCGGCAUUCCUGCGCUAGCUGUCGUCAAGACACUAUGUACUCCGGGAUACGUCCUUGUCGGAGUUCCUGGUAAUAUCUACCUUUCUGGUGCAAGCGUUGGAGUUUCGGCCUUUGUUCUCCGCAGCACUGCACCUGGCGUUUCUUCCACUUGCUCCUGCCAUUUUGAAGUUUACGCCCACCACCCGACACCUAACUGCUCGGUUAUCGUGAGCCAGGCACAAGCCGAUGGAGUGGUUGGCGUUAUCCUGGCAUUGAUUAUCAUUCUGGGCGCUGGCGCUAUUAUCGUGGUGAUUGUCGUGUACCGAAUUCAUCGCAGGUCUGCGACAAAGAGCGUGUUGCUCCCCUUCUCUGAAAGUCGGUCAACAAGGCACGAUUAUAUGGAUGUUGGUGUCACCAACGUUGCUAGUUCAGACCCUACAUAUGAGUCAAGCAGCAGCCCCGUGAUCUAUGCUAAUGUUGACGCAACAGCGUCUGGAACCGCGCACUAUGCUGACGUUGGGGAGCUUUUGUACAAGGCAAAUGAUGCCACAAGAGUGACCAUGCACGACUCGACCGAAGCAGCUUCGAAUCAAGCUGUUGUUUGUACUGAAGGGGAUCCUUGCUUGCAACCAUACCUUCAAACGGGACCCAAUGGCAGCUUCAUGUGUUUGACCGAUUUCACUGCAAAUUGUGUGGACGGCACACAUUCCUGGGAAUCGCUUCAAUCAAUAAGCAGCGUUACUGGUUAUCUCGUUGGUGAAAAUGCUUCACAAGUACCUCAAGCCAUUCGCUGCAGCGAGAUACAAGAUUUGUUGCUGGAUCCCGACUCUCAAACUGCAUGGCUUAUUACCAAAACGCGAGCGUACAAAUUGAUGGCACCAUCCUCCGACUUUGCCGACACUCAUCGCGCCUUUGUGAACAAGCUUUUCUCAAAGGU